GGUCGAACGCCAGCGAGUUGGUUACCUUACACUUUGGCGCGAAAACAACUUCCGUUCUCUGUCAAAUGGGAGAUUUUGGAUGUGGAGAUGGUGGAUGGACACCAGUUAUGAAGAUUGAUGGCAACAAGAACACUUUUCUAUUCAGUUCGCGAUACUGGACUGACAAAAGCGAAUUCAACCCGUCUGGUGGAACGACUGGCUUCGAUUCACAAGAGACUAAGCUACCGACCUACUGGAACACACCCUUUUCCAAGGUCUGUCUCGGUAUGAAGGUUAACGGACAGAUGAAGUUCACUCUUAUCACCAGCCAGGCUUCCUCUCUUCACUCUCUGAUUGCUGAUGGUCAUUAUCGGUCCACUUCACUGGGUCGGAACAAGUGGAUAGCGCUCACUGAUUCAAAGGCUCAUCUCCAGCCCAACUGUAAUAAGGAAGGAUUCAAUACCCAGACCAUCCAUCGCAGAGCAAGAGUCGGAAUCCUUGGGAACAACGAAAACGACUGCAAUACAUGUGACUCUGUAAUGGGGUUUGGUCUUGACAGCACAGCUUGCGGUGAUCUCCAUUCCUUCAGAGCCAUGUGCUACAUCUUGGUUCAGUGAUGAUUUGCGUUUAAAUAAAUUUUAAAACAGCACCAAAAUAGAUAAGAUGAAGUCAUCUAAGAACAGUGUGUAAAAACGCAGGAUUAUAAAAUUUGUUGUGUAUAUGAACGCCUUGAGAACACUGCGAUUAAGCAUCUAUCAUCCGAGUCUCGCAAACCAGAAUGUAUGAUGCUCGCGAAAGCUUUGUACAGCUUUUCUUAUGCCAUGUGUGUUUGUAAGUGAAAAAAUGCAAAUAAACAAAGCAAA